CAGAAAGGAAAACCUCGGAGAAAACCAAAUCAAACGUCGGAUGGUCAAAACUCUUAAAACAUUUUUUACAAUUGAAACUAUGCUCUGAACUCUCUUUCUCGAUUGAUCGAUCCAUAUAUCCGCGCGAUCCAGAUGCAGCUAAUUUGUAGAUAUAUCGUGGAUUAGAGUUCAUCCUUUAAUAGCAUGAAUUAUAUACUUGGAGCUUUUAAGCCAGCAUGCCACAUUGUAAUCACAUUUUCGGAUGGAAAGUCACGGAAACAGGUCCCACUGAAAAAGGAAAAUGGCCGAACAGUAACGGUCCCACUUUUUCAAAGUCAAGAAAACAUUACUGGGAAGAUAUCAAUAGAACCAAUAUCAGGAAAGAAGAUUGAGCACAAUGGAAUCAAAGUUGAGCUGCUUGGUCAGAUAGAAAUGUACUUUGAUAGAGGGAACUUCUAUGACUUUACCUCUCUGGUCCGAGAGCUGGAUGUUCCUGGGGAAUUAUAUGAGAGGAAAACAUACCCGUUUGACUUUUCAACUGUUGAAAUGCCUUAUGAAACAUACAAUGGAGUAAAUGUUCGUCUUAGGUACGUCCUCAAAGUGACAAUCAGUCGAGGAUAUGCUGGAAGCAUAGUGGAAUUCCAAGACUUCGUGGUGCGCAACUAUAGCCCACCUCCGCCAAUCAACAAUAGUAUUAAGAUGGAAGUUGGAAUCGAAGAUUGCCUUCAUAUUGAGUUCGAGUACAACAAGAGCAAGUAUAAUUUGAAAGAUGUUAUUAUAGGCAAAAUAUAUUUCCUUCUCGUGCGAAUCAAGAUAAAAAAUAUGGAUCUUGAGAUCAGACGCAGAGAAUCUACCGGAUCGGGGGCGACUGCCCAUGUUGAGACAGAGACCCUCGCAAAGUUUGAGUUGAUGGAUGGUGCUCCCGUCAGAGGUGAAUCGAUACCCAUCAGACUCUUCCUGAGUCCAUAUGAGUUGACACCGACAUAUCGAAACAUCAACAACAAAUUUAGCGUGAAAUACUAUUUGAACCUCGUCCUUGUUGAUGAAGAAGACAGGCGGUAUUUUAAACAGCAAGAAGUCACAUUGUACCGCCUCGCUGAAACAUCCUGAUCUUAAUUUGAUUGGCAUUCUCAACUCGUUUUUUCUCCUAUGACUGAGAGGACUGGUUUCCAAAGGCUGAUUCAAUUUUUUCAUCUUUUAUUCUUGUCCAUGAGAUUAGAUGAUUCCAAAUUUGUAUAGACAAACCAUUGUACACAUGUGGUGGCUGUGGGAAAUUUGAUUGGUUCGAGUCCUUGUGCUAAGGUGGUCGGGUUUGAAUUAAACCACAAUAAGCGUCAAGUAAUACCACAUGUACUCUCACAUUUUUACUCUCUGUUGACAUGAUAUAUGCUGAUUGAUUCACGUUUUACUCUCUGU